CACUGACUGCACUGUGAUCUCUGGAACACUUCUAACCUCCUUCUUCCUCUCUUCCUCUCUUUCACUCCACCUCCCUUUCCCCCCCCAUCCAUCAUCUCCUCCCUCGUUACUUCUUUCAUCGCACUCGCUCUUGCAACUUGCAACUGUCCCCAGCCUGCCAAUACUCCAUCGCCCGAUUCUUCCUUCAACACACACAUUUCGUUGUAGAGAUAUCCCUGGAGAAAACGGCCUGCUCUCUUUCCCCAACAGCAUUUUAAUCUAUUCUUGACUGGGCAGAAUACCCCGUUUUUGUUAACCUAUCAACCGACAACCCCUUGUCGCUGCCAAACAUCGUUGGCCGACCUAUCACGCUACCCAGCUGAAAGAACACUUUCAACUUCUUACAUCCCAAUUCUUACACUCGUUUACCUGCGCACUGCACAUCCCAAGGAAGUUGUUGCUGCAUCUCCCCUUCUUUCACUUGACAACUCGAUUUCCCAGUACCACAUAGGUCUCUCAACCACAACACCAUCAACAUGAAGGCCAUCAUUCUUGUCGGCGGCUUUGGCACUCGCCUUCGCCCUCUGACCCUGACCCUCCCCAAGCCCCUGGUCGAGUUCGCGAAUAAGCCCAUGAUUGAGCACCAGAUCGAGGCUCUCGCUGCUGCAGGUGUCACCGAUGUCGUUCUCGCUGUCAACUACCGCCCCGAGGUGAUGGAGAAGCAUUUGGCAGAGUACGAGAAGAAGUUCGGCCUCAACAUUACCUUCUCCGUCGAGACCGAGCCCCUCGACACCGCCGGCCCCCUGAAGCUGGCCGAGAACAUCCUCGCCAAGGACGAUACUCCCUUCUUCGUCCUCAACUCGGACGUCAUCUGCGACUUCCCCUUCAAGGACCUCGCCGAGUUCCACAAGAACCACGGCGACGAGGGCACCAUUGUUGUCACAAAGGUUGAGGAGCCCUCCAAGUACGGCGUCGUCGUCCACAAGCCCGGCCACGCCACCAAGAUCGAUCGCUUCGUCGAGAAGCCCGUCGAGUUCGUCGGCAACCGCAUCAACGCCGGCAUGUACAUCCUCAACACGAGCGUCCUCAAGCGCAUUGAGCUCCGCCCCACCUCCAUCGAGAAAGAGACCUUCCCCGCCAUCGUCCGCGACGGCCAGCUACACAGCUUCGACCUUCAGGGCUUCUGGAUGGACGUCGGCCAGCCCAAGGACUUCCUUACCGGCACCUGCCUGUACCUCACCUCCCUCACCAAGCAGGGAUCCAAGGAGCUCGCCUCCCCCUCAGAGCCUUACGUUCACGGCGGCAACGUGUUGAUCGACCCGACUGCCAAGAUUGGCAAGCACUGCAAGAUCGGCCCCAACGUCACCAUCGGCCCCAAUGUCGUCGUCGGUGACGGCUGCCGUCUGCAGCGUUGCGUUCUGCUGCCCGCCUCCAAGGUCAAGGACCACGCCUGGAUCAAGAGCACCAUUGUCGGCUGGAACAGCACUGUCGGCAAGUGGGCUCGCCUUGAGAACGUCACCGUCCUUGGCGACGACGUGACCAUUGGCGACGAAAUUUACGUCAACGGCGGCAGCAUUCUCCCCCACAAAAGCAUCAAGGCCAACGUCGACAUCCCCGCCAUCAUCAUGUAAACCAUACCGUCCGAAAGAAAAUCAACGCUCUAUACCUAACCCCGUCGGACAUCUACGAUUGGGGCCCGACUUCUUCAUACUUCUUUCUGCGCGCCUGUUCUUAUCGACUUUCUAAUUCCAAGUUGCGACACGAAUCACCACUCCACUCACGAGUCUCGAGAGCUUCAAGAAAGGGGGAGGGGGCGAAAAAACCAAACAAUUCCAUUUUUGGCUGGCGUCGGCAGGGGGAAUCAUUUGGCGAGCGCAGAAAAGCAUCUGGCUUUGCGAUGUUGACUUUUUUUCUGUUUCUGGGAACGAUGAUUGUCCCAAUUUUUGCCACGAAUGCAGAGAGGAACGGUACUGGAGGGGUUUCCCUGUUUGAAGGAUACUCCCCUCAUAAAUGCCGUUGACACGGGCGGCCCGAUUGUAGGGUUCUGCCCGAGACGACAAUAAAGACGAUACCUGUUGA